AUGGAAGUGGAGAGUCUCGGUGGUAGCAGAUAUUUCGUGACGUUUAUUGAUGAUGCUUCAAGAAAAUUGUGGGUGUAUUUCUUGAGAACGAAGGGUGAAGUUUUUCAAUACUUCAAAAGGUUUCAUGCUAUGGUGGAAAGACAGGCUGGUAAACCUUUGAAGUGUCUUCGCUCAGAUAAUGAGGGUGAGUAUACUUCCCAUGAAUUCGAGAAUUAUUGUGCCGAGCAUGGCAUCAGGCAUGAGAAGACUGUACCUGGAACCCCACAACAUAAUGGUGUGGCUGAAAGAAUCAACAGAACCACUAUGGAGAAAAGGUGCGACAACCACGAUUCCAUCGUCGUCUUCGCCGCCGCCGGAGUCUUUCAUCCCCGCCGCAUCCGCCUGAGACCCCUACUCAAUAGUCGUCGCCGCCUUCGACUUGAAACGCCGCACACUCUCCUCCUCCCUUCUCCGCCCGCCGCCGUCGCCAACGUGGUCCCCAGCCAGCGCCACCACUGCUCCCUUCACGGACAGCAAUGCACCACCGCUCAGACCGCCACCGUCCUGCCGGCCACCUCCAGCUCAUACACGGCGAUCGCUUCAAUGAAGAUCUGCCGCCUCGCACACCGGCGCCGCCAGUCAAAGCAAAAACGGCAGGUCGAUGAGGACCACCCAGUCGCCAAUCUCUCCAAUUCUAUUGAUGGAGGUGGCGGCUCGUGGCCGGGGCCGUCGUCUUCCUCAGAACAUGCGCCGCCCACCGUCGCCGGCGUCCACGACCGUCCAAACCUGACCAGCGUCGCUAUCUCCUGCCCCCAUCCUCACAGAUGA